UGGAUGUUGCUAAUUUCGAAGCUUUAUUCUGGAAUAAUGAUGUUGUAGAGUAAUAUAAAUCCACAGUCUGCCAGUACAUUCUUUCAAAGAUAAUUCUUAUUAAUUUCUAUUCCUGUAUAUAGCACAUACAUAGAGUUUAUUUAUGCAUCUGAAUAUUGGAGGAGUGUAACACUCAGUAGGUUGGGGGGACAACUUCCCACUCACAAAUUUCCAGGAGUAACACCAAUAUUGUUUCAUUAAAAAAAAAAAAAAUCAAACAAGCACUGAGAAGGAUGGAAACCCACAACAGGAGCAGGAGUCCGCUUCUAAGAAUACCCCUCACUUCUUAUUCUAAUGUACUGUACUGUUUCCCACAUAUUUUUCUUGACAAAAUUCCUUCACUAGGAUCCAUUCUGCCCCCAAAACAUAACUAGUGUAGUAUAAUGCAAAAUUAGAACAUUCCCACCUACAAAUUGCAUAUUGCUGGUAGAAAAUGUGUGCAGAUCAUCAGGGAAACAAUCUUACAUACUACCCAGAUGGAGUUUAUGGGAUACUUUCCAAAAUGGCCCUAGCAAGUGAAAGCUGAAGCCGAGGGCACUGACCCUAAACAUUGCCCUGUAGAACAACAACAUUUCCCAAUGGCCCCCAGUAACUCCCAAUAUGGAUGCUUAAAAUUUAGAUUACAGUUGGAUUUUUUAAAGCUUUGGUGCAAUAUAUAUGCCUCAAAAAUACUGAGAAAUGUCAUUAAAAUGUCAUUAAAAAUAAUGAGAAAUGUCACCUAAAGAAUGCACAGAAAAGCAAAGUAUCUCUCAGGCUGGGUUCACACGUACACCAUAACCAUGGUUAUAGCUGGCCAUGGUUGUAACUGCAUUAUGCCUGAAUGUGCAAAACCACAGUUAUAGGCCAAAAUCUAACUAUGUUUUACCCUGCCAUACUCCAAUUGGGACCUUCGGUUUUCUCUAAGCUUUACCACUGACAACUGUGGUUUUGCCGCUGAAGCGUUUGCCGACCUAGCGUUUGCCGUCCCAGAUAUUACUGAGGUUUCAUGCCUAUUCCAAACCCCAAUAGUAGAAGUGGUGGCCUAGAACUGCCCAGAGACAUACCAACACUAUGAACACUGCAGCUUUCUCCUGCCCGAUCUUAGAGAACAUGCUCCGCCCACGACCUCCCCCGAUCUUUCACAUUCUGCCUGACAAUAGUGACAUGUGCUGGCAGCUUUACAGAGACAUGGCCCUCACUCCACUCCUUGCUGAAGGCUGUUGCAGGGAGAGGAAAUGUUUUCUUGGGGCAUGCCUGUGUGGUCUUGGGGUAGGGGGUGCAUAGUGGGGAGGCACUUGUGAAUGUGUAUGCACACCCCUCGCCACCUGAUCCAAGCAGGCAGCAGUGUGUUCAGGAACUCGGGUAGGGUGUGGUUGCCAGCACACACUGCUAAACACAGUUUUAACAAUGCACCCCAGCAGACACACACCCCCCGUAACAGGUGGCAUCACCACACAGAACUCCCCCCCACACACACACUUCAUUUUGGACCCAAGGCACAGGAGCCCUUGCAGAGCAGCCCAUGCAGUCUCCUUGUCCACAGUCAGCAAGAACGGCCUGUCAUGGGGAAAGAGCUGUCUGAUGGGCAGGUGUGCACUGUCGGAGGGCGGAGGGCAAACAGGAGGUUGCGGGCAUGGGGUGGCAAUGCACCCACACCAAGGGCCCUCUUCUUGAGAGCAAGACUGGGAGAAGAUGCACAUCUCCCCUGCUGUGCUGACCCCUGCAUUAUCUCCUGUUUCCAUGCCACCAAAACUGCCACCUGGCAAAAGUGGGGACGUGCUGAAUGCAGGGGCUUCUGCCAUGGGGACACACAGUCAAAUCACAGUGGACCUGUCCCUCACCAUUGACCUCCCCAUGAAGUAUUCUUUGGAUUGUCUGAAAAGUUACUCAUUAGCUCCACAGCCACAAGGGAUGUUUGUGUGAGGGAGGGAGAGAGUUAGGGGUGGGAGCAGGUGGAAGGAGCCUUGUCCUGCCACAACAAUGGACCAGUGGUCUCUGGAGGCUGGCUGUCCUAGGCCAUCCUUGGUCUGUCUGCAGACCACUCCUGAUAGCUCACAAGGUCAACACUUCUGAUAGCUCACAAGGCUGACGCACUAUGUCAACAAUGGCUGCAUCAUCCAUCCUUGUCCUUAUCUAUUGCCCUGCAGUUGGCACAUCCUUUUAUGUGCCCCAGUGCACUAUAGUCGAAUGUUGCAAGCAGCUAACUCUUGCAUGGCUCUUGAGGCCACAAGUGCUCUAUGCCCCUGCACCUGGACCUCUGCCUGCAUGUGGGAGCUUCUGGCCUGGACACAACCACACAUGUCCAGACCCACAACAGUGUGCACAAGGCAGCUGUCCCAACUACAUACACCCUCCCCAAGCCAUGGAGGUGAGAACAUUGCUUUCUGGAUGCCCACAAGCUCGUGUAUGGUGCAGAGGGACACGCUUGCAUGUCCAAGCAAUGGAUUCCCAGCCUCCCUCAUCCUCUGGCUCUUCGGCAUAUGCAGGUGGCAGCAUGAUGGACAGCAGCUAAACUGUUGAUCCAGCAAGAAGGGACAAAGUGAGGCUCUGGUGGUGGAGACUGGGGCCUUCAUAGAGAUCUGGUCUGGCGAGAGUGUUCAGAACCAGCUGCGGGUCAGCUUCAGGAACGAGGGGACCUACGCCUGGAUAUCAAACCAGAUGAAACACCGCAGCUACUACAAGUUGGCUAACCAGUUGAUCUCCCUGCUAUACCUGGGGAAAAAAAAUUCAAGGCUGUUACUGCCCACAACAAGCUGUCUGGAGUGCAGCCCUGGAACAUGUUGCACUAUGAACUGCUUUCUGCCUGGUAACAUGUCGGGAAGCUUCCAACCCCUCAUGGACAUGGCUGCCCGUGCAGCCAUGCAGACCCUUGGCAGGGCCUCUCCAUCAUCCUCCACCAUUGCAAGCGGUUGCCAAACAGCUGUCACCAUGAUGAGUGCGGAGAGUGCAACCUUUCUGUGACCAUGCCCGCUGGCCAGGCUCUUUUGAGGGAGCUGUCGGCCUGUACUUGGGGAACAGAGUGGCAGCAAGCCACCCCACAUUUGGGACACCAUGGGACGGCCUGGUGGUCUAGUGGCCACAACCAUGCUGCCCUCCAGGCAGAGUUCCGUCUGGCUCACUGCCCCAAGCCAAGCUGCUCCCAUGCAUCAGCCACUAGGAGGACUAGGUGCAGGGAAGAUGUCUGGAACCUCCAGAGGCCAGGAAAUGGUGCAAGUCCCUCUGAUAGACCAAACAGCCCACAUCCUCACAGAAGCCCUUCACAUCAUUAAGGAGGGAGAAGGCGACAAGACAACAUCAACAAACUGAUCCAGCAGUACCUGGAAUUGCUGGACUUGUUCAUGUCCAAGAAUGAGCUGACCACAAGAGAGGGCACAAAGUUUGAGAGCAAAUUACUUGGAACAGCACGGGAACAGGCUGAUGCAAAGGACACAUGCUGUGAGCUGCUGCUGAUAGAGCACCGUUGGUUGGAGGAGGAAUGUGGGCGUCCCCUUGGGGACCAAGGAUCCCUUGGGCAAGAUCAAAAUGAGUGGUGGCUGAGGGAAGACCCAGUCCAGCUGCUGCUUCCACCAGGGGAACAACCAGCUGAGCCAGUCUGGCUUCAGCAGCCUCCAGACAAUCCAACCCCCAGCCCACAAACACUGCACAUGUGGCACAGCUCUGUAACUACAGGAAGACUGACCGUCUCUAGCUGGUGAAGGACCUUGUGGUGCAGCAUGAGGAGUCCUCCAGGAACAUGUGCAAGGUGUUGUGUGGAUUGGACGUGAGGCAGGGGGGAACGGCAUGAGGAGGACAGGAGGGACUUUCAGGUGGCCACAGAAAGGAUUGUGGCUGCCCAUGAGAAAACAGCGAGGGAGAUGGUGGGCACCCUCGAAUGCUGCGAUGAGGCUGCAGAGUUGUAUUCUGAGUGUUACAAGGGGUAGCUGGAAUGCAUGAUCGGUGCCAUGGAGCAGCUGGGAAACCAGCCUCAAGCCUUUCUUACCCAGCAGCUAAUGCACCUGCACCAGUGACCAGGUGCUUGUCCAAGGGGCCUAUAGGCCUGGCCACCACCACCCCUCCUCUACAGGACAACAGGAGCAUUUGAUUGUUCUCCUCCAGGAGCUAGCAGCAGCCCACCCACCCCCAGGCCCAUCCUGGAGCAUGAUGAGGGCACAGCAGGCGGAGCGUAUGUCCUCCACUCCAGAGACUCCUGUAUGUGUGCACAUUCUGGGCACAGCUCUGCCAACUCUGUUUUUGUGCUGGGACAGCUUACUUCAACCCUCAUGUGUACCGCUGGCCAAUCCCCCAUAGAAGACUCUCAGUUCCAGCCACCUCCUGGCAUGGGGGAAGGGACAUCAGCCACGACUGACAUCAUCAAUCCACAGAAGGCACAGGGGAGGAGCAAAUACCAGCAGAACACACUGCUGCUAACCAGGAGCCAUACCUGCAAGGCUCUCCCUGGAUGGGGAGGGGGGGCGAAGGAUGGCCCUGCAGAAACACAUAGCCUCAACCCGCUUCUCCACACGAAAGAGGAAGCAAGCAGCAGUGGAUGCCCCACGCAGGCAACCUCAUUCUCGGACCACUCUGGUGAGAAGGAAGAGGCUGUGGAUGCAGAGGAUCUGGCCAUGCACAGGCCACAGUGGCAGAAGGGGAGGCUGGGGACACACAGGACACACAGACAGAGGAGACACAGGACACCCCAGCUGAAUCCAGUACCAAAAACUAGCCUAGCCUGGUAACUACCUCUGCCGCCAUGGCACUGCCUCGCCAGGUAGCACAGCUGUGAGCAGUGUUAGAACUGAGGCCACAAGUUCCCUCUCUGUGUAACUGUUUUUUGAGAGCCCCCUUCACCCACUCAACUGAGCACUCCCCAACAGCACUUGGGGUUGCUUUUUUCGGUGUGCUCUGCAAACAGCACUUUGCAGAGCACACUGAGCACGUUUUCAAAUGCACACUGAGCCAAGUUAAGCAUGCUUUCUCAUUUUGGAAAUGUCAAAAGAAGAUUUUCUCCUGUUGGCUGCUGUAGAUUUCCCCUGUUGCAAUAAAUGUUUGGGUAUUUAUUCUGGAUGUUGUUUUUUCCCUUCAUUACAAAAUAGUGUUUAAAACAUUACUCCAUCCAAAAUAAAGGGUGCCGGGAGGUGUGUGCCCAGCACUCCCAGCAGUGGGAGGUGGUCUCACAACCAUAUCUACAACAUAGCUGGCCUUGUGCAUGCAGGAAGGAGGAAAUGAGGUGGAGUGAAGUCUGGAGAGAAGGGGAGUAUGGGUGGGGGUGGGGUUGAAAAAUGUCCAUCCAAACUAUUUCUCCCUGAAAGGGAUGGAGCAAUGGUGGAGACUGGCAAUGUCCAUAAAGCUCUUUUAGUGAGAUUGGGGGAGGGCAUUGAAGGCUGGACACAUCUAACUCUAAGCUUGGCGGAAAUCACAGAUUCUAAGAAGGGUUGAGUGGCCCUAAAGACUAUCCCCCGGCACAUAAUCAUCAUGCCAAAGGAGUGGGGGUGGGCAUUUCCGGCACAGGGCAAAGUGCCCGAAUCCAAGCCCAAAGCAGGACAAGUCCACACAUACCACUUUUCCUCCAGCAAUGCACCAUCUUUCCAUGUGAGAGACUGAUGGGCAGGCAUAGCAGGCCACCCCACCCCCUGCCAUGCCCCAGUUGUGCUGCGUGAGCGGCCCAGGCCAAGAUGAGCUGUGCACCAUCACUGCAACUACCCCUCUGACUAGUAGGACAUGGUGGGUACAGCAGCAGGCAUCGCGGUCAGUUCGGCCAUGCAGAUGGUGCUCCAUGCCAUGGAGGAUGAGGCCACAGAGAGAGGCCAGCAAAGGGCAAGCAUCCACCUGACCCUGCAGGCCUUUCAGCCCACUGGUGCAGCCAUGGCCUGUGUGGAGGCUAUAAGGUUCCUUGGCUUCUCCAGGAUAUGCGAAGGUCUGAUUGUGUGUUGUAGGGCGGCUGUGGAAGCCAGACAGAGACAGCUGGAUGUCCUCUACAAUGCCAUGCAUGCUCUGGACGAACAGUGGUAUGAGGGAAGGAGGAGAUGGGGGCUGCCCAGGCACAGCACCACCUGGAGAUUGAUGGAGAAUGUGGACGAGUGGGAGGACGAACACUUCCGUGCCAGCUUCAGGAUCUCCAGAGAGACUUUCGACCACCUGGCGAGAGAGAUGCUGCCUUAUCUUGCCUGGCAGCACACAGUGAUGCACUGGGCGAUCUCUGUGCAUAGGAGGGUCGCCAUCUACAAUCAGGCCUCUAACUCCACCUACUUGACCCUCAGCAACCUUUUCGCAGUCAGCAGAUCCACCAUCUGUGAGAUCGUGAUGGACCUAAUCGUGGAAAUGUUCAUGGACGAUGUGAUCCACCUGGGAGACACAAGGGAGGUGAUGGCAGGCUUCAAGGAGAAGGGGUUCCCAGACCUCCUGGGAUGUAUUGAUGGACUCACAUUGAAAUUCUGGGGCCCCGCCAGCUGGCAGGAACAGUACUAUGGGCACAAGCAUGACAUUGCAAGUUGUGGUGGACUCAACUGGAUGUUACAUUAUUACAACUGGGUGUUGUACAGGAGCCACGACACUGACAUCUAUGCUGGGGUGUUGCACAGGAGCCACGACACGGCCAUUUUCUGGACCUCCCCUCUCACCUCCAUGCUCAUCAAUGGGUGGAUGACCCAGCUGUGGAGAUGGGGGUUUGAUGGUGAAGUGCUGGUAUUCAGGGCCAGGGAUACAGACUGCAGGACGGGAUGGCCACCCCCUUCUAUGCACCCAAGAAUGCCAUUGAGAGGCACUUCAACCCACAGCACAGCAGUGUCAGGAUGGUGGUGGAGAGGGCAUUUGGGAGGCUAAACAGCUUGCUGAACAUGGAGGAGGACCUGGUGCCCAACAUGCUCAAGGUCUGCUGCAUCCUCCACAACAUCUGCCAGACAAUGGGUGAUGUCCUGCUUGAGAAGCCUGUUCACCCAUCCUCAGAUCCAGAGCAAUUCCAGCCUGCAAUAAGCUUUGGUGCAGAGCUUGAGGUUUGCAGUAGGCUCCAGGGUGGCAAGGGUGAUGAGAGCAGCCUUCGCAAAAUAUGUCAGGGAGACUCUAGCCCCAGAACACCUCAGAGCCAGGCAUGGUCAUGGUUCCAGAAGUGCUCGCCACCUUUUUCACCACUGAGAGGUGCACGGGGCUAUUGCCCACACUUGCACCAGCAGGCUGGGUUGCAGAUAGCAAGCGCCUGGGCCCCGCAUUGCUAAUGGGAGCCCUACAACUUAUGGGAUUGUUUAGUAAUGAAGUUGAGUCGUACAUCUUCUAAUCCCUGUGCUUCUUUCCAGUUGUGGUGUUGAGAUUCCCAACUCAAACCUGUGCACUCGCCUGGUGGGGGGGUAUGGAAGGGUGUGAGGAACCUCUGGGGGGGAUUAAGGGACCUUGGAGCCCCCUGGCAUAUGCCAUGGGGGUUUCUAGACAGCUUAUUUUGGGGUUGGGUGUGGCUUGCACCACACCAACAUGAUCCCCAGAUGAGAAGAGGGGAAGACGGAGGACACUAGAGUGCUGCUAGAUGGGGAGGGAAGGCACAUAGGGUCCAUCCAAUAUGCAUGCCAAGGGGUGAAAGGUACUUCCGUGGGGGUUGGUUGGUGCUGUAUGCUGGCCAGAAAGGGAUCCUUGUGGGCAGAGGGGGGUGAUGAGGGAAGGGACAUGGAAAACCCAUUCCAGGUGGCAUUUGGCAGGAGGGUGCAUGGCUUUGAAUGGCACCAGUUAACCACUAUCAGAACAGCAUGGGCUGGGGGGGAGGUAUGCAAGUGGCACCAAUAGUGGUAGGUACGCUGGGGUGUUUUCCCAUGCCCUGCCCUGUGGAGAAUGUUGAAAAGUAACAGUGCCCCCCCACCCAUGAAGAGAAACUCCCAACCCCACCCAUGAGGAUAUGUACCCCUCUGCCACAGAGUUAUUGCCCCGCAAGCCACUUUGAGGAAGCUUUCUUUUUGAGACUGCAUAGCUAGGAGCACAGAGAGGAAGGGGUUAAGUUGCCAUUGGCACUAGAAGGCCAAGCAGUGAAGCCGGAGAUAGAUGAGUGCCAGGGAAAUGGCCCUUGGCAAUCGUGUCAAAUCAUGGCCGAGCUGCUGACACGGUGACGCUUUGCCCACAGUCUGGUCACUGAGCUGGGUGGGAUGUGGCAGGACACGGCUCCCCUCUCCUUCAGCUCCAGUUAGCCUGGCUGUGGUUUUUUGUAGAUCUGUGGCAUAAAUUGGAGUUAGGAGAAUAUUAACCCCAUUCACAAUUAACUGUGGUUAUCUUGUACGUCUGAAUGCAGCCUCUCUUUAAUCCUCUAAAGUAGCCAUCAAAUAACUGAUAUAUCACCUGGAUGUGUGGUGUGCUGCUUACAUGGUUCACAUCAUGUAGCAUGAUUUCACAUAAUAAUUAUAUACAAUUUGACAUAACAUGGUUAAUAAACAUUAAGAAAUUCUUUUCAGUAGAUAAAAAUAAAGCAAUUUUUAGAAAUUGCUUUCAGUGGAUUAAAAUAAAGAGCAUUUUAGCAUUCUUUCAAAGAAUCUAAUAAAGCAGCCAACAACAAAACAAAUGUGUUCUGUGUCACAAAGAUACCGCUCGGCUGCGAACCUGGUGGU